UAACCUAUAAAAAUUAAAAAUGUUAUGUUUGCACAUAACCUAUAACCCGACCAAAAAUAUUGUUUUUUUUUUUAAUAUUUAAAGAUCAUUAGGACAUUUUGAUAGAUCGAAAUGAACAUAGGGGCUCUGUCUCUCCAAUUAAGAUGUUUAAGUUGUUGGUCUGCCGGAAUUACUAGACCUCACAGGUUAACUUAUGCAAGAACAUAUCCUACACUGUUGGUUCAGCCUGAUGGGUCUACAUAUACUAUUCGUUAUCCGGAACCACGCAGAAUUAUUAAGUUGCCAUUGAAUAUUUGGACCCUUACUGAGGCUCAACGAAAAGAAAGGUUAGAGAAAAGAAAACCAAAGAAGAAAGUAGUAAUAGAUGAUGAUUUGGAUGACGACUUCAAUUCUGCCAAAUAUCUAAAAUAUAUUAAAAAAAAAUAACCUUAAUGUAGAUAAGUUAGUGUUGAUGUUAAAAUAAAUAGUAUCUGGUGUUUUAA